GGACGCAGUUUCCGGUGCGCCAUUUUAAGCUUCCUGUUGCAAGUUCCACUGGGAAGAUGGCGGGUGAAACUGGUUGAGUUUUUGCGGUUUACCAAAUAUGAGUUUUAUGUCAAUAACCGACACAGGUCGCUGCUGUUGAUUGUGCAGAAAGCUCGGCUGUGUUGAAGUGCCGCGCGCGAGGAGGAGAUGUCUGCCGAAGUCCUCAGACCCGGGCCGGUUGCCUGUGGAGGCAGAAAGCUGGGUGAGCUGAUCGGGAAGCUCCAUGAAUACUUGGCAGUAGCCACGGAAGACAAAACUGAACCUACUUUACCCGGACAUUGGAAUGGAACCACGGCCAAAGAAUACUUGGAGCAGCAGGCUCAUGCCCAGUCCAGUGCCCCCUCAGAAGUGGGAAUGUUGUCGUCAUCUCGUUCGAGAAGGAAACCAGCUGCUGUCACCAAGCACAGUGGGAUGAACGAGUCAGACACUUCGUCUGAGAGUGGAGCAGAAGAUGGACUUUCUGUCCACUCCAGCGACCCAGACACCAACUUCCUACCCAAAGGAACUAUGUUUGUGCUGCCGGAGCCGGUAGGUAAUGAAGCAGGUGAUGAUUUCCGUGGUCCAGAAUUUCGCAGCAGGCGCAUUUACAAGCAGCACAGGGACAGUGGCGACAGACGCAGAGGAGGAUAUGAGAUGGAGAGGGUAAACUGCACAGCGUGUGGUCAGCAGGUGAAUCAUUUCCAGCGUGACUCAGUCUACAUGCAUCCUAUGCUCAAAGUCCUCAUCUGCAAGAGUUGUUUUAAGUAUUAUAUGAGUGAUGACAUCAGCAAAGAUUCAGAAGGGAUGGACGAGCAAUGCAGGUGGUGUGCAGAGGGAGGCAGUCUGAUUGGCUGUGAUUACUGCAGUAAUGCCUUCUGUAAGAAAUGUGUUCUGCGUAACCUGGGGAGAAAGGAGUUGUCCACAAUCAUGGAGGAGGAGAGGAAGUGGUACUGUUAUGUGUGCAGUCCCGAGCCAUUGGUGGAGCUGGUUUUGGCCUGCGAUUCAGUUCUAGAGAGCCUAGAGCAGGCUCAGAAACGCGCCUCCCGUACUGAGCCGAACUCGGUCCGGGGGAAGGCUAAUAAAGGUGGACGUGGUGCGGCCUAUUUGAUGGGGACAGGAGGUGGGCCGGUGCCCACUGCAGGCCUUUACCAGCGAAUGCAACGGUUUGUAGAUCUUACCACAGCUCUGAGCUAUUCCUUCAAGGAAGUCGUUCAAAGUGAAAGAGAGGAACGAGGAAACCAAGAAGAGAGAAUUGGGCAGCUAAGGAUGUUCCGCGCUGUGCUGGAUGAUCUGCAAACUGCCAACAGUGCAUUACAGGAAUCCCUAGACCAUGAGCUAACUGGGUCCAAACGUGCCUGUGGAGUUGAUGGGCAUAAGCCAAAAGGAAAGGGAAGACAGAAAAAGGGAAUGUCAUCACAGAGCCCAGGACUCACUAAAAAGCUGGUGGUUAAACUCACUCCUGUACCGGUUAGUUCACAACCCAUCAGCAGUGCGUGUCUGUCCAUUCAUCCAUCACCUGACAGACAAAAGAUAAAGAGAGUGGUGACAGAUGGAGCACUGGAAGAAAGAGGGACAGUGGUGGAGAUAGAAAAGGGGAUGGAAACAGAGGGAAUGGCUGAGAGAGGAGAAGAUGUGGAAAAUUAUUGUGUUAAUGACGAGGAGGAGGAGGAAGAAGAUGAUGAGGAGGAAGAGGACCAGACUGACCAAAAAAGUUUGUCUUUAUCAGAGGAGAAUAAACGUUCUCCACGUGUGAAAACCACACCACGGCGGCGGCGGACGAACCCCAGCACCACAGCUGAGCACGCUGGUUUAGCUGAGGAUGACUCUGAUUCUGACGAGGUGCCUGAAGUGCUGCUCCAGAACGCUUCUGCCAUGACAAACAGUGAAGACUCUUCCUCACUGUUUGCCAUGGCAGGUAGCAGUUGGGAUGGGGAUGAGGUAAACCAGCAUGUCAGAAAGCAGUGUCUCUUUGGACUGGUAAAAACCACACCUCCGGACAGAGGCUCUCGUAAGCGGAAUCUCAAAGAGAGAUCCUCAUCAUCCUCAUCAUCCUCUUCUGCGUCUUCAACGAGGGGCUCCCAGGACCAGGGGUCAAUGGUCAGAAUUACCAGGGGAAGAGCCCACAAAGUUGCCAGGAUGUCGGGACAGAGUGGGAGUUCAUCAAGUGAGGUGGGAGGACAGGAACUGGAGAGUGGGCAGAGCAGUGACUCUGACGAUCAGAGGAUCAAACCGCUGACAGAGAGCGUCACAUUGCGGGGCUCUGGAAAUUUCCAGCUGUCUUCUGGUGAUGAGAUGGACAUCCAGCCAGGUCCGUCUUUAUCCGUGGAGGACGAUGAUUUAGAAAAUAGUUUCUUCCACACGCAGUAGAGAGAAUCUGUAACCAUAGGCACACACCGCCCAUCAGUGGUGAAGCUCUGAGACCUCACAGUCUAAUGGAAGUCAGUGAAUCAACUCUGGAGAAGCUCCUGUGUUUGAGUUUUACUUCACUGACACAGACCAUUGCAUGUCUUUGGCAGUAUUCCUCAAAGCCACACUCUCCUCUUUACUGUCUGUGCUGCUAAUAAAGCUUUUAAGAGAGUAGAACGAGUCUAAACCUCUUUGCUCGGAUCUGAUGGAUCCUGUGUUCAGUAAGACAGACAACAUCUUGUGUGUGUUUGUGUUUUAGGGCUCAGCUUCCGGGUUCUCAUGCUGUAAUGUUUUCGGUCAGUCAGAACAAAGGCUGUGUGGUUUGCUAACGGUAGGUGUAAAGUAGUUUCACAUAAUAUUUUUGUUAUUGGCAGUGAAAUGUCAUUAUUGUUGGAAUUCGAGUGAACAAAAGUUUCUUAGUCAGAUAGGGGUACAUUUGUACAGUAUAUUAGCGUUUGUGUUGAAAGCAGUUAUAUUUGUUCUUUUUUCAAGACAUUGAUUCUUCAAUAGCCAAAUUUUCUAUGUUUAAAGCGCUUAAGCUGAAGAUUUUUAAAGUUAGUUUUUGUGAGUUAUGAACUUUUUUUAAUAGGUUUUAUUAGUAUUUCAUUUUCAAAUCAUUUGCACGGUAUAUAUGCCUUUGUGAAUUGGCAAGAAAUUGGCAAGAAGUUCAUGUUUUAGCAGAAGUUGAUGGAUGUCAGGGAUUGGAAAUGUGAGAGAAAGGGAAACUUGACUCCACAUUAAGUUUUUGAGUUGGUGGUUCAAAAUGAUAGCUUAGAUUGGAGCCAUGGCCCAGCAGUUGGUGCAUGCACUGAGUUAUGAUGCAUGUACAUUUAAGUCAGACUUUAAGUUAAACCCCAAUGCCCAAUGUUUGCUUUGGUGGACCUGGUUUCCAUUUGUGUUAGAAUGUUCAUGGUGGAGCAGCAGGUGGCAGAGAUGAUGCUCGUUGAGGCUCAACAUGCAGUCUGUAAGAGUUUUAGUCAGUUAAAAGCACUGUGUGUUUGAGGAUAAAGAGUGUAGUCUUCACUCUCACAUGGGAGAUUUCUGUGUUUUUUGCAUGGUUCUUAUGGAGAGCCAAUAAACACUUAUUUAUUCUU